UGAUCAGAAGGACGAUCAACUUCUUUAUAAUUGAUGUAGAAAGCUUCUUUUCAUCAAUUACAAUAGGCCUGAAUUACAAGAUAUUAGGGAAAAAUCUUGUUUCAAUCUGUUGAGUAGAUAUUUCUAUGAGAAGUGUUGCUUCCCAGUCUGCUAGGUAUACCUGUCCUUGACUUUUUGACUUGUUCAUUGCCUAACUUCCAAGUUUCUAAUUUUUCGCUUCCUAAAUUUAUGAAUUUUGAAAAACUGGGACUUAUUUGUUUUGUCGUGCCUUGCCAUGAUGAAUGGUAUACCAUCGAAGUCUUCCAAAAGUCAGAAGACGGCCGGGGAUGGAGGCUGGAGGGUUCGGCCACGACUCUCGUCUCUAUCAUAUAGUCAGUAAUUCAUAAUUAAUUGUGUAUUGUUUGAAGUUUGAAAUCUAAUGAUUGGCUUUAACAUUUAUAAUGGAGUUCUCCAUACUUGAGAUGUUAUUAUAAUUAAGCAAUCAAUUGUUUUAUAACAUGCUUUUUGCUUCCUGACUUAAAUGUUACAGUAAAAUAAUGCUUAUUGGGGAACAUGAAGACCAUAACCGCCCAGGAAAUUUGACAUUUUCUUAACGCUCCUUUUACCUUAUCUACUGCUCAUCUUGGUGGAAUGCAUGAAGAAGAAAGUCUGGAAUUACACUGACAAGCAGAUAGAAUAUGAAGAAGAGUAGUGCGGAGAAUUUCAUUGUGCAGAAAGCUGAAAAGGAUGACAAAGAAAGGGUUCACAACGCUGUUGACAUGGGAACUGAGAAAAACCAAUGUCUUUUAUCUGCUGAAGAUCUGUCAAUUCCCACAUUUCAGGUAAUAGUAAUGAGUGCAAAUAUGGGAUGCAGCUCCUGCCGUGACAAAGUGUACAGAGUUUUGUCAAAAAUGACAGGAUUUAAAGAAUACACUGUGGAUGUACGCAAGAAGCAGGUGAUUAUCAAAGGCGAUGUUAGUUUUCUGUGGAGAAUCCGAGAAGAGGAUACUUAAUCUGUAUACACCAUGUAUUGAAACAGUUUUCGGUUUUCAGUGUAUAUCAUUUUAGCCUAAAGUUUGCAAGCUUGUUUUGCAACUGGGCGUGCUACUUUCAGCUUUUUCCAGCAUUCCUCCAAUUAUAAAGAAAAGUACAUUUGGUAAAUUGU